AUGAAGCUCGUCACGGCUCUUGCGCUCGUGAUCGGCUCCGCAUAUGGUGCAACUGUCGGCGUGCGUAUUGGGUCAUUUCUCCCAUCCAUUGUCCGGGUCACUAACAAUCCUUCAUACAGUUCGACGGCAACCGAUUUCAAAACGCUCCCACUCCAAACUGCGGCACCACACCUGGAGGCCAGACACUGUCGACCGCUGGAGCGAACGGCAACGUCGCAUUCGGCCAAGGCUUCACCGUCGUCAACGUCGAAGCGAACAGGAACUGUAAAAGUGUCAACGUCAAUGUUAUCAACGCAGGUAACAAGAACAACGUCGCGGUCAUUCAAGCUCCCCGCACAGGUUCCAACUCACGAUUCGGGCAAAUCGCGAGCAACAAAAAAAUCGAGUCCUUCCAAUUCGCCUGCGCGUACUUCUUGCUUGGCUUCUUCCUUCCAGUCGACUGUACGCUUACGGUUUACUACUCGUCGAACCAGGUCUCCGUGUCAAACACUGGUUUCGGUUCCGGUUUCAGUAGCGUAGGCAAGACGGUUACUGCCAGUCAGAACAUGCAGACAUUCGACUUCGGAAAUCGAAAUGUGCAGUCCAUGUCAUUCAGCGUCAAACCUGGUGGCAACGGUAACUCGGGAUCCAAUCCCGGCAAUUUGUAUCUGCUCUUGGACGUCAUAGAGACUGCUUAG